CGAAUCAAAGCAAGCUCUGAGUGAGAGUGAGAGAGAGAGAGAGGGAGCGAGAGAGUGAGAGAGAAUGGAAUCUCUUCAUGAAACUGAAGCAACCCUAAGAGGCCAAGCACACAUAUUGAAUCUGCUGAAUGCAUACGCCGGCUCCAUGGCGCUAAAAUGCGCGGUCGAGCUCCGAAUACCCAACAUCAUCCAUUCUUAUGGCGGCGGGCCCGUCACCCUAGCCCAAAUAGCCUCCCGCAUUCCCUCCCCAUCCCUCGAAACCGCCUACUUGGCGCGCAUCAUGAGACUCCUUGUCCGUGAGAACAUCUUCUCCGCUAAUCGUUGCCAACCUGAUGACGGCCAUGAGAGUCACGAGACACUCUACAGCCUCCCCCCAUCAUCAAGAUGGCUCCUCCAGGGGCCCGGGUUCGAGCUCAGCCUCGCGCCUGUGGUGUUGAUGUUAAACCACCCAUGGAUGAUGUCCCCGUGGCAAUUCUUUGGCGACUGCAUCAAGACCGGCGGCAUUGCAUUCGAGAUGGCUCACGGCCGCAAGAUUUGGGACUUCGCAUCAGAGAAUCCCGAGUUCAACCGCUUGUUCAACGAUGGGAUGGCGUGUGUGAGCAGGAUCACGAUUGGGGGCAUCAUAGAAGUGUAUAAGGACGGCUUCGAGAGCAUUGGAUCUUUGGUCGAUGUCGGAGGGGGGAUCGGCAAGAACCUGGUCGAGAUCAUUAAGUCAUGUCCACACAUUCAGGGGAUUAAUUAUGAUCUACCUCAUGUUGUUUCAACGGCGCCGGCGCACGAUGGAGUCACUCAUGUUGGAGGAAACAUGUUUGAGACUAUACCACAUGCUGAUGCAGUUCUCUUGAUGGAGAUAAUGCAUGAUUGGGGAGACGAAGACUGUGUCAAGAUUUUGAAGAAUUGCAGAAAAGCAAUCCCGGAAAAGAAUGGCAAGGUGAUCAUAGCAAAUAUUGUGUUGAAAGCAGAGGACGAUGGCAUGUUCGAUAAGACCAAAUUAGUGAUGGAUCUGGCCAUGAUGGCGCUUUGCUCGGGAGGUAAGGAGAGGGACGAACUCGAAUGGAAGAAGAUCUUGGAGGAGGGAGGGUUUCCUCGCUACAACAUCAUCAAAACCCCUUGCUUGCAAUCCAUUAUUGAAGCCUAUCCCCUGUGAUACGCUAUAAUUAUGUAAGAAAAAUAAAUGCAGUCCUAUGCUCCAUUAAUGACGGACUUCGGUAGUUAAGGCAAUUGGAUUCACUUAGGUCUCUUGAUCUCAGACCAAGUUUACGGUUUCCUAUCUAUGAAUAAUCCAAUUACCAUGUUUUAGGUUA